UCUUCUUCUUCUCUCAUAUAAUAUCUGUCAUCCCUAUCAACACAGAGCUUUGUCACUCCAAAAAGGGAAAAACAAAAAAAACUAAUUUAGCUACUAAAAAUAAAUAAAUUAAAAAAAAAACAAAAAAAAUUAGUCCCAGCCACCGUGGGGGUAACUUCGUAAAUUUCAAACAAAAACUCCGUUCCCGCCGCGAAGGCCUGAGGUUAUUAUCCCCGUAAAAAUUAAGCAAUCUCCCGGUGAUGAUGACUAAGAUCCACUCCCUCACGCCGGAGUGAUUCAUCCUCUUCUUCUCUCGUCGAACCCAAAAAAAAAUUAAAAAAAAAAAAUGAAAACGAAUCGCGGCGGCGGAGACGAGGCUCUGAAGUUUUCAAGUUUCUUCUUCAUGCCGGAGCGUUCACGUGAUUAUCUCGUGCUUUUCAUACGCUUCUCCGUCAUCGCUUGCCUCGUCGUCUCCGUCUCUCUCGUCCUGCGCGCCACUUUUAUAUCCCCUUCCGCUCGUGACUAUUCCACCACCUACGGUCUCCGAUUCACCACCGUUCCUCAGAAAUCCAUAGCUCUCUCUCCCACCGGAUCAAUCGGACCUCUCAAUGUCUCUCACAUCCUCUUCUGCAUCGCCGGAGCAGCUGAGACCUGGAUCGAUCGGAGCCAGUACACAUCCUUAUGGUGGCGUAACUCGACGACGCGUGGCUUCGUCUGGCUAGACAAACCAGUGAACCUCCCUCAAAACCACUCCGACGUCAGAUUCUCAAUCCCGAUUCGAGUUUCCGAUCCAGGCUGGACUCGAUUCAAAUUCUCCAGCUCCAGAGCCGCCGUUCGAAUCGCUCGCAUCAUCUGGGAUAGUUACAGACUAAACCUGCCGAAUGUGCGGUGGUUCGUCAUGGGGGACGACGACACCGUAUUCUUCACCGAGAAUCUCGUCAAGGUUCUAUCCAAAUACGACCACGAGCAGAUGUGGUACAUCGGAGGUAACUCGGAGAGCGUCGAGCAGGACGUGAUGCACGCGUACGACAUGGCGUUUGGCGGCGGCGGUUUCGCUAUCAGCCGUCCGUUAGCGGCGCGUUUGGCUAACGCGAUGGACGAUUGUCUCCAACGGUAUUUCUACUUUUACGGUUCUGAUCAGAGAAUCGCGGCUUGCGUUAGCGAGAUCGGCGUUCCGUUCACCGAAGAACGCGGUUUUCAUCAGCUUGACAUAAAAGGAGAUCCAUACGGGUAUCUAGCGGCGCAUCCAUUGACACCGCUUGUAUCUCUGCAUCACCUAGUUUACUUAGACCCAAUGUUUCCUAACAAAAACCCGAUUGAGUCGUUACAGACCCUUAUGAAACCUUAUUCCUUAGACCAGAAUCGAAUUCUCCAACAGAUUAAUUGCCAUGAAGGAAAGCGUCAAUGGUCCAUAUCAAUCUCUUGGGGGUACUCCAUACAGAUCUACAGUUAUUUCUUGACCGCUAAGGAGCUGACUACGCCGUUGCAGACUUUCAAAACCUGGCGGUCUUCGAGUGAUGGACCAUUCGUCUUCAACACUCGGCCCUUGCCACCUGAUCCGUGUCAGCGUCCCGUCACUUAUUUCAUGGAUGGUGCAGAAGAUGUAAGGUUCUAUGGGACGAAAACUAGGUAUAGCGUAGCGGAUAAGAAUUUUGGUCGUUGCGAAAAUAAUACUGAGCAUUCUGAGUUAACCAAAGUGAAGAGGAUACUAGUGACUUCAAUGAAGAUGGAUCCUGAGUAUUGGAACAAGGCACCGAGGAGACAGUGUUGUGAGGUGAUGGGAGGAGGAAGAGGAAAAAGAAAAGAGAAUGAAAUGUUGAUAAGGAUUAGAAAAUGCAAAUCAUCGGAGAGGAUAUAAAAAAAAAAAAAAGCGAUUUGAUUAGAGAGAGAGAUAUAUUUUUUGCACAUACAGAUUUUUAGUUUCGUUUAUAGCUGUUGUGUGUUUCCUAAAUUCCUUUGUUACAUCCAGAUGAAGAUGCUCUCUAUCAUCAAUACUGGGAGUCUUGCGUUUUACAAAAUGUAAACAAACUCUGUAUUAUUAUUACUCCAAAUAAAAUAAUUAGUUUUACCUUGA